UAUGCAGUCUCUACUAACCAGAGAAGUAAAAAAUAUCAUAGAAUCUCUGAAUUCAGUCCAUUUCUGGAUCCAAACUAACAAGUAUUAGCAAAGAGAAGUUAGGAUGAAAUGAAUGAAAAAUCGCAGACAGCAAUGAACAUGAACUCAGAGGCAAAAGGAUUAGAAGGUUCGCUGCAGCAUAUGGUUGAAGUUCACCACCACAAAUCCCUCCUCCUUGCCCACAACACGGAGAAAGCGAAGAAGGACGCGAUUAGGAAGGUGGAGCGCGUUUCUGAUCUCUUGGUGGAAGCCGUGAAUGGUGGGGUCCAAGACUCCUUCAUCAACCAGAAGCGAAUUGAGCUCGAAACUCGAACCCUAGCUGCCACCAUUACCAGGUUCAUCAAGCAAACCGAUCAGUGGCUCGCUGCCACUCAUGCCCUCAACACUGCUCUCAAGGAAAUUGGAGACUUUGAGAACUGGAUGAAGAUCAUGGAAUAUGAUUGUAAAAGUAUCACAACAGCUAUACAGAAUAUCCACCAAGAUUGAUAUGACAAGUUUUCAAGCAUGUCACCAUGUAAUUCUAAAUUUUAAUCCCUUUUCAUUCAUAUUUCUACUGUAGGCAUAAUACCCAAUAUCAUGUAUUAGUUCAUUAGAUAACCAUUUGUCUUUUUUAUUUUUAUUUUUUUCAUUUAUUUGAUUUAUUAGAUAACCAUUUCACUUUGUUUUCAAUGAAGUUAUUGGUUUGGAGAAGCAACAA